AUGGGAAAAGAUAGUCAAGAGGAAUCUUUAAUAAAUGGAGAAAAAUUAUGUGAAAGAAAAAUAGAAGAAUGUGGAAUAUAUAAAAUUAAGAACAAAUUAAACAAAUUAGACUUUUUGGAGGAAGAAUUUAUGUUUAAAAAUUAUUUUAUUAAUAAUUACAAUUUUCAUGAUUAUAAAAAGAAAACUAUUUCUAAUGAGACAUGUAAUGAAUCUCUAGAAAAAACUAAGAUUAGAAAUAAUGAAAAUACAAACACAUAUAAUUUUUUUGAUACUAUUUCCACUGAAUACCAAAUAUUAAAUAAAAAUGAUGAUAUAUUAAUUAAUAAUGAUUACAAAGUUGAUCAAAAUAGUAGUAACUACAACAAUGUUCCCAUUACAGGGAAAAAAAAUAGUACUAAUGCAUUCGAACAUGAAAAUAUAUUUUGUUUUCAACUAAUUUUAAAAGAAAUUAUAAGAGAAAAUACAAAUAUAAAAUAUAAAAUAAACUUUUGUGAAUUUUAUAAUUUUUUUCUUAAUCUAAAAAAAUGUAAAGUUAUUGGUCUUAUCCCUUCUGAUGAUCAACAUGAUGAACAACAUUCAGAUUCAACAGUUUUACAUUUUAUUAACUUACUCUUUUACGAAAGAAUUCAAUUUAUAGAAUUAAAUGAUUUGACUAAAAAUUAUAUAAAAAAUAAAAAUGAGAUAAAUAAAAGACAAGAAAAAAAAAAAAAAAAGUAUAAAUAUUACUAUGGAAUAUCUCUUAUGGAGAAACUAAAUUAUAUAAUUAAUAAUAAUAUUAAUAUUUACGAUGAAAAUAAUAAUUUAAUUAAUCAUUAUUUUUUAAUUAGUAUAUUUCCAUUUGAUAACUUAAACUUUUCUUCUUACAUAUAUGGGAAUAUACUCUUUGCUUAUAAUUACAUUUAUUUUAAAAAAGAAAAUAUUCUUUUUGCUUCUGUUGAUUCUUACAAUUCAUUUAGUCAAAAAAUUCAUGAUUCUUAUUUUGGUUUAAAUCAUUAUAAUUAUAUAAAUAAAGAAAGUAAUAAAAUAAAAAAUUUAGUAGAUUAUUUCCAUGAAUAUAUUUUUUCUUCUAAUAUUUAUUAUCAAAAUUUAUUCAAAACAAAUGAUUUUAAAGAAAACAUAAAUGAUAAUAAAUUAGAUGAAACAAUUCAAAAAAAAAAAGAAGAAAAAAAAAAAUUUUCAGAAGAUACCGACAAAAAUAAUUCGAAUCAAAAAUAUUUCUUAGAUUAUAAUAGUAAUAAAAUGAACAAAUUAAAUGAAAAUAACGAAAAUAAAAAUAAAUAUUACGUUUUCAAUAACUACCAUAUAUUUAAAAAUUUAUACAAUAAAUUAGUGAAAGAAAAUGACGAAAAUUCACCAUUGUCUAAUUUAUUUUGUAAAAAUAAAGAUAAAUAUAAAAAUAAAGAUAAAUAUAAAAAUAUAAAUUCUGAUAAUGAAUUAAAUAAUUAUAUCUUCUUUAAGAAGUUACCUAAACACCAUUUCAUGUUUCAUCAAAUUGAACAAAGCAAGACAAAUGAAUGUGGAAACUUCAAUAUUGAAGAAGUAAAAAAUCAAAGGGAAUAUACAUUUUAUAAAAUUUAUGCUUUUUUAUUUUAUAUUAGUGAUUUAGUUUUUUAUAUUCAAAAAACAAAUGUAUCUUUUCAUUCUUCUAUGGAUUUUUUUUUUGAAAAAUUCCUAAAAUUUCUUUAUAAGUGUAAUUCUCAAUUUACCAACAAAAAAAUAAAAGCAGAACUUCAUUUUGUUUAUAUUGAUAAAGAUACACACGAUAUAAUAAAUAAGUAUAGUAAAUAUGACAACAAAAUAAAAAGGAUAAAAAAAAAAAAAAGUGGAAUAAAAAAUAAAAAAAAUGUAAAUACAUCAGAUGAAUAUAUUUAUAAAGAAUCAGAUUCUAAUAAUACAAACAAUUCCCCAUCAAAAAGUGAUAAAUAUUUUAGUGAUGAUUGUGAAAAGAUUAUAUUAAAUUAUGCAUAUAAAAAUUAUGAUAUUGUAGAAAAAAAAAAAAUAUUAAAAAUGGAAAACGUGAUAGAAAAUAAUAUUAUGGAGAAUAUUCAAAAAAAUAACUUAUUUUGCUAUCAAAAUAAUUUAGUAACAAUUGUUUUAAGUAGAGAUUUCAAAAAGAAUAAUUCCUAUAAAUAUUUUGAUGAAAAUAAAAAAAUAAAACUAGAAUAUUUUCCCUUUUUUAAAUAUAAUAUUUGUAAAUAUCAAAAAAAAAAAAAAAAAAAAAAAAAAAAUUUUAAGCAUUGUUUUUGUACGAAAAAUAAUUUUACGUGUUCCUAUUGCCUUAAGAAAAAAUCUAGUUCGUUAUAUGCUGAAGUAUUCAAUAAUAUUUACCAUAAUGAUAAAUAUGAUGUAUCAAAUUUCAAUUAUAUACACCCUACAUUUUCUUUAGAUUUAUUCAAUAAAAAAAUAUUCCGAUUAAUUUAUAAAAAUGAAAAAAAAUAUUCUGAUGAUUUUAGUUCUAGUUCUGAUAAUGAAAAUAUUAGUGGUUACUUAAAUAAUGAAUAUUUUACUAUGAGUUAUUUUUAUUCUGAAAAUAAUUGUUGUUUUAACAAUAACAAAACUAAUAUUAAUAUUUUUAUUGGAAAUUAUAAUAUAAGAAAAAAUAAUGUAAACAAUAAUAAUAAUAAUAAUAAUAAUAAUAAUAAUAGUUAUGGUGGAAAUAAAAUUAAUGAUAAUAAUAAAGUUAAGAGUAUUAAUAAGAUAAAUAAUGAAAUAGCAAAUAAUUAUGAAAAAUCAAGUAGUCCAUCUAAUAAUGAUAUAAAGAAAAACAAUAUAAAAGUUUUCUAUAAUAGUUUUUUUUAUAAAUGGGUUAAAGAGCUUCAGCAAUUUAAUAAUUUAAUAAAUGAUUUAAUAGUAUAUAUAUCAAUAUAUGAUAUUUUAUACAAAUAUAAAUAUUUGGGAACUGAAAAUUUUGAAGUAAAUAUAAAAAACAUCGUAUCCAACAACCUUAAUAGUAAUCCUUCAAUGAAUUAUGAUUAUUUGGCUAAUUGUAAUAAAUCUAAAAAUAUAGAAGUUCAUAAAGUUAUUUCUUUAAAUAAUAUUCAAGAUAAAAGUAAUAUGAAUACUGUAAAUAUAUCUAAUGAUAUCAGUAUAGAUAAUACAAAGCAGUGUGAAAAUAAUAUAAUUAAAAAAGAAAUGAAAGAUAAAAUGGAAGAAUUACACAUAUUAAAUGAAAAAAAUUUACUUCUACAUAACAAUGAAGAGAAAAAAACAAUAAGAAAAAAUAUUAUUUCAAAUAAUAUGAGUUCUAUAUUUAUCAAAGAUUCUAAGAAUGAAAAUUUAAACAACAAUAAUAUUGAUGAAGAUUUAAACAAAAAUAAUAUUGAUGAAAAUUUAAACAAAAAUAAUAUUGAUGAAGAUAAUAAUAAUAAUAUUAGCUAUAAUAAAAAAAAGAAUAAUGAAGUAAUUCUUUUAUUUAAUUAUAACGAUGCAUACAAUUUAAACUUUAUUGAAAAUGACUUGAGUUUUCCAAGAAGGAAAAGUCUGAAAGAAACAAGCAACAACUCUUCUUUAGAAUCUAAAAAUAUAGAUUAUUCUAAAACGAUAGAAUAUAUAUUCUAUUUAUUACUUAAAUGCUAUAUUUCUUUGCCUAAUUAUUUAAAAAACCACGAGUUGUUAUAUAAUUUAUUAGAUAUAAUUGAAAUGUUUUUAAUUUUUUUAUUGAAUAAAGGAUUCUUUGCUUUAUAUGAGCAUGAGUCAUUUCUAAAUACAAUAAAAAAUUUUUAUCCUUAUAUUUUUUUUUCUUUAAAUAAAUCUAAAGAUAUAAUUGACAAAUAUUUUAUUGAUAACAACUUUGUAGAAUUUUUAAAAAAUGCAUUGAUAUUUCUUUUUAUAAGAGAUUUAAUUUUAAAAGAAAGGAAAGAAAAAAAAUGUAACCUUAAUGAAUAUAGGAUAUUUAUAAGAAACUUUAGAAAUAGAAGUAUUAGCAACUUUGCAAAUUUAAAUCAAAUAGAAAAUGAAAUAAAGGAAAAUAAUAAUAAAUCAGAAAAUAUUUUUUAUGAAGAAAAUUCAUCUACACCAUUCGAAGAAAAUUUCAUGAGCUCAUUUAUGUGUGCAUUAAAACUUAAUUAUCAUGAAAAUCUAAAGUUACUAAAAAAAAAAUCAGAUAGAAUAUUUGUUGAUGUACCUGUUUUAAAAUAUAACUUUGAAAACAAUAAUAAAUAUAUAGAUUUUGUUAAAAAAAAAUUAAAGACUAAUUCUGGUGAAGUACUUUUUAAAUUACAAAAUGAUUUUUCACUAUAUUUAUGUAGAAAUGAUUUAUUUAGUAAGUGUAGUAGUUACUUGUUUAAAAAUUUUAUAAAUAAUUAUGAUUAUUUACAAAUGUAUCAACUUAAAAAUAAACCAAAUAUAUAUCUGUAUUUUAAUUUAGAAUAUGAAUGUUAUUAUGGUUGUCGUUUUUUUAAAUAUUUUUAUUCAUCCAUACAUCAUUUUAAUAAGGAUAGUAAAUUUAUUCAAAAAAUCAUUGAACUUAAUGAUAAAGUAUAUAAAGAAGAUCAAUUAAAUAAUUUGCAGAGAUUAAAUAUAGAUUUAUUAAAUAUAAAUAAUGAAAACAAAAAUUUUUUUAAAACUUGUAAAAAUAAUUCAAUAGAAUUUAUAGGUAAUUAUGUAUCUAUGGACUCAUUACCAUUUUUUGACAUUUGUCCAACUCAUAUAAAUAAUGUAAAUCAAAAUGAAAAUUCGAAUUAUUUUUUAAAAAAUAGCAAUGCUCAAUUAUCACGAAUUUGGAUAUAUUCUCCAGUGAUAAAAACCAUUUCUUUACAGUCAAAAAUUUGCAUACCUUUACCAUUAUCACAAUUAUAUAAAAUGAAAAAAAAAUUAGAAAAUAAUGAGUACUUUGAAUUUGAAAAGUGCGACUUAAAUGAAGAAAAUUUUGUAUAUAUGUAUCUUACAUUGAACGAAAUUUUAAUACCUCAACACACUUUAGGAUUAUUAAUAUUUCCUAUGUUUUUUUAUGUAUGUGCAAAAAAGCUUUUAUGUGAAGUUAGGAAUUUAUUUAAUGAAAGUAUAAAAAAUUGUAAAAACAUAGAUGAUAAAUGUUCUUUAUUUUAUUUUAACACUUUAAAAAAAAAUAAAUUUGAUCAUUUUCAUAUUAAUGUCAACAUUUUGAAUGAUUCAAGUUUAUAUGAAAAUGAAACAUUGUCUGAUAUAGAUGCAAAUAAUGAUAAUUUAUUUGUUCAUAAGAAUAAUAUUAUUAAUAAUGAAGAAAAUAAAAAUAACAUAACAGAUAAAAAAAAUUUUAAUAUGCAAAAAUAUGUUAUCUUACCGUAUUCACAUUUUUAUAAUGAUAUUAAUGUAUUAAAUAAUUAUAGAAUUACUAUAAAUUUUACUGAUAUUGAAAUUUGA